AUGAACCAGACUGGACUAGACUGGACCGGAUCACACUGGACCGGCUCAGACCGGACUAGAUUAGACCAGAUUGGACUGGACCAACUGGUUGGUCCGCUCCACCGGGGAUCGCAGCACCCCCCCAGAGACCCAGAGGACCCGGUCUUUCGGAGCCCACUGCCCCGGGUCUCCUGCACCAUGUUCGGGAAGAAGUGCUUCACCAUCGAGGCGCUGGUCGGGAAGGACGCGCAUGCGCACACGCACGCGCACGCGGACGAGCCCAUCCGGCCCACGGCGCUCCGGUUCCCGGAGUCCCGGUUCCCGGAGUCCCUGCUCCCGGAGUCCCGGUUCCCGGGGCUGUUCUCCCGGUUCCCCGGGCCGGCGGACGCGGGGCUCCCGGAGCCCGGGCCGCACGCGCACGCGCACGCGCUGCAGAUGCCCCCCCCCCCGCAGGGCUUCUUCAGCCCGCAGCACCGGGACGCGCUCAGCUUCUACCCCUGGGUGCUCCGGAGCCGGUUCCUGGGACACCGAUUCCAAGGUGAGCCGGGGGGGGGGGGGGGGGGGGGGGGGGGGGGGGGGGACCGGGGGGGCCGGGGGAGGGAACCCGGAUCAGGUGAAGGGGAUCCGGGUGAGGGAGUGGAGGGACCCCGGUGGAGGGAACCAGGGUUAUGGGUCCGGUAG